AUGAAGACCGAGGAAGAGAACUGGGAUUUUGUCGGGAAGGACUUGCCGGUUUUCUUCAUUCGUGAUCCAGAAAAGGUCCCUUCGCUCAACAGGUCUCACAAACGCCACCCGCAGACUGCUGUCGCUGAUGCGAGCAUGUUCUGGGACUUUCACAACAACAAUCAAGAAGGUGCUCACUGUCUGAUGCAACUUUUCGGACCUCGCGGGGUACCACAGUCCCUCAAAAAUGUGAAUGGUUUUGGAAACCAUACGUUCAAGUUUGGCAAACCCGAAGAUGGAUCUUACAAGUAUGUCAAAAUCCACUUCAAGCCUGACGAUGGCAUCAAGAAUCUUUCACAAGAGGAUGCCAUUCGUGUUGCAGGCGAAGAGCCGGAUUAUCAUGUAAAAGAUCUGUACAACUCUAUUGAGAGAGGUGAGUAUCCGACGUGGACCAUGUAUCUUCAGGUCAUGGAUCCCAAAGAGGCGGAGACAUACAAGUGGAACAUCUUCGACAUCACCAAAAUCUGGCCUCACAAGGACUACCCUCUAAUCCCCGUCGGAAAGCUUGUAUUGAACAAGAACCCAGAUAACCACUUCCAUGAUAUCUAUUAUCCUGAUGCUGCACGCUAUCGCGUUGGCCCAAACUACCAACAACUUCCAUGCAAUCGACCUCUGGAGGCCUACUCACCAUAUCAGAGAGACGGACCGAUGCGUCUUGAUGGGAACUAUGGUUCAGACCCUGAUCACGUUCGCUCCUCAUUCCGCAAGGUCAAAAGUGGUCCCGCCGAUGUCGCGUACAGCGAGUGGGUUGGCAGAGUCCAAGCCUACUCCUCCGACGUCGAAGACGAAAACUGGGAACAGCCUCGUAAUUUGUGGAAGAUCUUCAAGGAUAAUGGGAAAGAUGAAGUCUUUCUGAACAACCUGUCUGGUCACGUCAACAAGGCACUUCCCGAAGUUCAGGAGACAACAGUUCGUAUGUGGGCUAAUGUAGAUGAAGAGAUUCCAAAGAGGCUCGGAGAGAAGCUGAAGAAUUUGACUGGGGAUUUUGGCCAUUCCAAAGCACCGCCGAGUCAGACUGUGUUGGCGUCGAGGCGCAAGUGA